UGCUUUCCAGUGAUGAAGAAGAUACGGAUAAAAUAGACUCCAGUAUCCAUGGCACCAUGUUAACUCCAGAAAUUAAGCGUUUACGUCUGGGAAGUAGGCCAUUGUCAACUGAGAGCAAUAAAAGAGAGUCUGAGAUUGCAUCAGCAAAACUGGAACUAGAGAAUAUCAAGGGUGCAUAUGAAGUAACUGAGAAGAAUAAAUUAAUAGAUGUGAUCCAAAGUAUGGACUGCUGUUUGGAAAAUAAUUUUACAAUAACUGAAACAACAAUGGAUCUAGCAUUUGCUGCCCUGCAUAUGGGGGAAAUUGAUGGCAAUGAACAAGGUUCUGUAAAGUUUAGUCAUGACAACAUUGCAAUAUCCUUUUCAGGUCCUUGUGAUAUAAACCAUUCAUUACUACUGGAUACCUUUCACUUAAAGAAGUACAGUCUGUUUGACACAGUCUGUGAGAAUCACUCCGUUAUUUUCUUAUGGUUUGCUGCAGAUUAUAUCGAUGAAGUAAACAAACUGUUACAAACCAGUUCUUCAAAACAUAAUUAUAAUUGCAAUGAAUUUAUCUUCAUUCAACUUUUCAAACCUUUGCAAGCAACAGAAACAGCAACUUUGAAGAAAAUCAUGAUUGAUAUAGGUGAAAAGAAUGAGGUUACAGACUUGUGUGAUAUCAUGCCAUUGGAUGAAAUUUAUCAGCUACUGGCUAGGUUUAGUUCAGAGCAGAGCUCCUUCCUGUCAUUGUGCUGCAAAACCUUACAAGAACAAGUGGAUAUGACUACGUUGUCACUGGAGUCCCAUUUAUCUCAGGAAGAAAAUACAAGCUCAGUGAAGUCAAAUAAUUACACCCUGUGUCAUAUACGAAGGAAUGACCAGUAUAUGGUUUCAAUUGCUUCAAAGCAAGAGAAGGAAAAGCACACAUUUAAACAAAGUGGUCCAGUUCAGAAAAUAAUAGUAUUCCCCCCUCCUCCAACUAAAGGAGGUCUUGCUGUGACUACUGAAGACCUAGAAUGUUUGGAGGAAGGAGAGUUUCUCAAUGAUGUUAUCAUUGAUUUCUAUUUAAAGUAUCUUUUAUUAGAGAAAGCACCCAAAGAACUUGCUGAGCGCACUCACAUUUUUAGUAGCUUCUUUUAUCGACGUCUAACCCGAAAGGAUAAUGCUGGAUCAGAGGAAGCAACUAACCUUUCAAUACAGCACAAGAGACACCAGCGCGUGAGAACAUGGACGCGACAUGUGGAUAUCUUUACAAAGGAUUUUAUAUUUGUGCCUGUUAAUGAAGAGUCACAUUGGUAUCUUGCUGUUAUUUGUUUUCCUGCGUUAGACAAAAUAGUUUAUGAAACUGAUGUUACUACUGAAACAAAGGCAAACAAAUUACUUCCAAAUCCAUCUUGCACAAACUUAUCUAGUGAUGAAAAAACAAGUAAAGAACAAGGGUCAUCAUCUGAUGAAUCUGAUGGAAAUACCACUCAGAGUUCACUGUCACAGGAUUCAACAAAUACAAACUCUAGCAAUGUUUCUUGUAUAACUUCGGUGUCCAGCUCUAGGAUGCAGGGAUGUAUAAAGGCACCCAUCAACCUACAUCAACAAAAAUUAAGGAUACUCAAACAGCCCUGCAUUCUUAUUAUGGAUUCACUAAGAGCAGCUUCACAAUUACACACAGUGAAGAUUUUACGAGAAUAUCUGCAGAUUGAGUGGGAAGUGAAAAAAAGAGGACAGCGCAGUUUCACAGCAGAAAACAUGAAGGGCUCAGUUCCGAGAGUGCCAAAGCAAGAUAACAGCAGUGACUGUGGCAUUUACUUAUUGCAGUAUGUGGAAAGUUUCUUUCAGAAACCCAUCACAAAUUUUGAAUUACCUUUGCAGUUGGAUAAAUGGUUUCUGCGAGAGGAAGUAAAGAAAAAACGGGAGGAAAUACAAGAUUUAAUUCUGCAGUUACACAGUCAGCAGAGAACACAGUUAGCAGAUAGCUAAUGAAUCUGCACAUGAAGGACAAAUAUUGUACCAGGUCAUUUCAAAGCUGCUCAUCAAGUACCCACACAUCUUGCAAAUAUGAAGAUUUUAAAUUCAACUGUAAAUUUUGAACUGGCUGACCAAUGAUGUGUAGCACGUUCAGUUUAAAUAGCUCUGUUUAUAGUGGUGUACAGUUUAAUAAAUUAUACUGUUUGACUUUU